GAGUUGACCUGCUGGCUACGUGGAGGGGUAGCAGCGACUGUCGUCCAGGAGAUCCACCAGCGACAGGACGUGGAGAUGAGGGAAGCAGCAAGGGUGGUAGCGCUGGUGGUGGUGUUUGCUGCAGGAGUGGCCGCCCAACAGAACGAUACCAGGAGCGCAGUUCCCGUGCCAUCGUGUCCCUGGCCCUGUUCAGACUACCACCAGCCUGUGUGUGGGAAUAAUGGCAAGACGUAUGCCAACCCGUGCCGCCUUCACGAAGCUGCCGCAUGCGAGAAUCCCUGCAUCAAGCAAAUGAGUGUUGGCCCAUGUGAGAUUCCGUGUCCUGAAGUGUGCAUUCAGGUGUACCAACCAGUGUGUGGCAGUGACGGCCGCACCUAUGGUAACACGUGUCAUCUGGCCAUAGCGCGCUGCGAGGACCCGUGCAUUGAGUUUAUGCACAAUGGGGAGUGUGGAGGUCCGUGUCCGAGGAAAUGCACUAAAGAAUACAAACCAGUAUGUGGCAGCAACAGCAGGACCUACCACAACCUGUGCGCCCUCAACUCUGCCACAGUGUGUGACGACCCCUGCAUCAGCCUGAGGAACGAGGGGCCCUGUGUCCACAACUGCGGGGACCCAUGCCAGCAUCCUGUAAGUGAUGAGUUGGUGUGUGGCACAGACGGCACCACCUACCUCAGCCAGUGCCACUUGGAGGAGGCAGCAUGCAACAACCCCUGCCUGACUGUGGUGCAUGGGGGAGCUUGCGGUGAGUGGUGGUGAGGCUUGGUGGUGGUUUUAAGAUGUGGAUGCGUAAGUUCUCAAGUGAGUUAAUGGUGGAGCAGGUGGAGGACAUGCUUGAAUGUGGAGGCAGAAUUGUACAAUGCUUCGAUCACACUACACCUGUAUUCAGAGAUCUCCAUUGUAUGUGCAUCAGCUAAAUGCAACCAGAUUACUUAAUGAAUGUGCCUGCUAUAUGGAUGUGCCUUGGAUCUUUGGGAAUAGUAGUAAUGUGGUCCACAAGAUGCAUCCAUUUGGGUCUCCUUUGUAUUUGUUCAUUAGCUGAAUUUAUUCCUCUCACUGCUUGUGAAUCUUUUACUAUAUCUACAAUAUUCAAGACUUUUGAUCAAGACUUCUAAAGGCUCUAAAAGAAUUCACUAAUGUAGUUUAGCAUAGGUAAAGAAUUCACUCCUGUAGCUUAGCAAAGAUGAAAGUAACUUUCUGUAUCCAUCCAAACAAUUUUAGAUGCUUAGCAUAGGUAAACAAUUUGCUCCUGUAGCUUACCAAAGAUGAAAUUGCACAGGUAAACAAUUCGCUCCUGUAGCUUACCAAAGAUGAAAUUAACUUUCUAUAUCCAUCCAAACAGUUUGUUAGUCGUCUUUGAUGUUAAGACACUUCCAUAAUGGUAGAAGGAUUAAGUAAGAACAUAAUGGUAGAAGGAUCAAGUAAGACUUGAUUAAAAGUAUUGUAUAAGUGUUGUGUAUUAAAGGGAUUAGAUAAGA